CUCCCUUUUCUGUAUCGAUACUAACGGCACUCUAGCAGUGUCUGUACUUUCUUCUCAUAAUCAACGUCUGUGACGUCCAUCGGUCUCUCGUUCAACCGUCUUCUCCUUCACGACAAAACUCUCCACGUGCACUCCUGCGUAUUACGAACAUUAUUUCAUCGACCUUCCGCCCAGCUCGUGUCAUCACUCACCAGAACCAGUUCAACGCUUUCUACCCACCCCACGCCCUCAAUCAUGGUCUACGAAACCUCUCAGCGCGUCCACUACCCCGCUGAAGACUCGGUCCGCUGGAUCGUCGAGCCCAAGCCUGUUCGCUCCACCCGCGUCUCCGCAACCAAAAUCAUCGAGAGGCAGAUCAUCCGCGCGUGGAAGAAGGUCACCGGCGCGGCGCACAAGCAGCCCCGCGCGUCCUUUUUGCCGCACGACUUUGUGCUCGUCACUGCCGCCGCGCGCCGCAGGAGCAUCAUGCACGCUGCCGCGCGCCGGGAGUGAGCGCGCUCUCGCUGUGUCUCAUUGUAGAACGGGUACGGAGUUAUGAACACAUGACGAGGCUACGGUAGCCUGCGACGACACAGACUGGACUCAUCAUAUGCACGCGAUAUGCACUCUGUGGACGUUUUCUUUCUCUUCCUUGUAUGGCUCCUCAUGUAUCAUGAUAUAGAUCUAGAACUCUGGUUGAUAUCCUCCUCUCUCGGCAUCGUGUCGAUACCCCCAUCAUCGCAUUAUUAUACCCUGUCUUACUUACGUGUAUAUAUUCUUAAUGUUGUAUAUAGCUGCGAUACCUGUCUCUGUGCUGGUUUUCGUACCUCACAAUCUUACCUGCAAUGACUUC